AUGGAGGUUUUGGAAAAGAGGAAAAGAGGUAUAGAAUACAAGUAUCUGGAUAGUUUUAGACAUUUUAGAAGAUUUGUUUUGUUAACGUUUGUUUUAUUUGCUAUUGGGUGGUUUGCGGUGAAACCAGUUAAACAACAUGAAUUUGAUUACAGUAUAUUCUAUAAUAUAAACCGUGACCCUGUUGGAGAUCCAAUAGGUCAGCCAACUCUUAAUCCUUCGAAGGAGCAACUUCAGAUUGGUUCCAAGGCCAUGGUAAGUAGUGAUGUACCACUCUGCUCGACCAUGGGAAAAGAAAUCCUACAGAGAGGAGGUAAUGCAGCUGAUGCUGGAGUCACAGUAGCACUCUGUAUUGGCAGUGUGAACCUGCACUCUUCGGGUAUCGGUGGAGGGGGUUAUAUUGUGAGCAGCUUGAAAGAAAAAGAAGAAGUUAUCAGUAUUGAUGCGCGAGAGGCUGCCCCCCAGAAAGCAUUCAAAGAAAUGUACCAUAAGAGCGUGGUAUUGUCCAAGAUCGGGGGACUUGCAAUUGCGGUCCCUGGGGAAUUGAAAGGAUUAUAUGAAUUGUACACCAGACAUGGCUCAGGCAAGUUGUCGUGGGAAGCCUUGAUAGAGCCAGUCAUUAAGUUAAACAGGAAAGGGUUCCAUUGCUCGGAGAUUUUGGACAGAGCAAUCAAAUUCCAAAUGGGAUUGGUAUUUCCCAUCUUACCAAGUCUUGCUGAAGAUUGGGAUUUUGUAUUCAAGAACAAAACUGAGAGACAAUUAAUUGACGAAGGAGACCUAAUUAUCAGACCCGCAUUAGCAGAUACAUUAUCCAUUAUAGCGCAAAACGGGUCUUCGGAUAUAUUUUAUGAUCCAAAUGGGCCAAUUGUUCAAAGUUUAAUUGAAACUAGCAACAGAUUUGGCGGCAUUAUUGCGGCAGACGACUUCGCUAGCUAUGAUGUCAGGGUAGAGAAUGCAUUAACCUUGAACUUUACUGUGCAUAAUGAAACAUACAAAGUUUACACUUCCAGUGGUGUAUCUUCUGGAUUAGCCUUAUUGUCGGGGUUAAACUUGUAUGAAAAGCUUGCUGAAAAUGACGGUCCUGUACUACAAACGCACAAAUUAGUAGAAUGCAUGAAGUGGAUGGCUAGUGCAAGAUCAAACUUUGGCGACUUUACCUUGCACACGUCCAACAGCACCUUCAGAAACAACUUAAUUAAUCGAUAUACGUCAGACAAAUGGGCCGAACAUAUCAUAACCAGUGGUGCAUAUUCAGAUAACAAUACUUUUCCGUGGAAACAUUAUAAUCCAAAAUAUGAGCUUACAGAGCCACAUGGAACAUCGCACUUUUCUAUCAUAGAUUCCGAUGAUAAUGCCAUGGCAAUGACCACUACUGUGAAUCUAGUAUUUGGUUCUAUGGUUUACGAUAAUCAGACAGGCAUAAUUCUAAAUAAUGAAAUGGAUGAUUUUUCAAUACCCGGUGCGCCGAAUGCGUUUAACCUAACUCCGUCAGUGUACAAUUACAUCGAACCAUUCAAACGCCCGUUAUCGUCAACGUCGCCUACUAUCAUCAUGUCACUUGUUAACGACACUUUCAUUCCUGACUUGGUAAUAGGGGCCGCUGGCGGAUCUCGGAUCACGACUGCAGUGUUCCACGCGAUUGUGCGUAUUAUGUGCGAGAAGUUACCCUUAUUGGAUGCCAUCGCCUUCCCCAGAUUGCAUCACCAAUUAAUCCCUCAACAUAUUAUGGUCGAGAAUUUGACUGUCUUUGAGAUGCAACACCACAAUAUAUCGGAACGGAUGCACGAAUUGGGUCAUGAUUUGUUGUCGUCUGGUCCACUCACAGCUAUGAAUGGAAUUAAACGUAUUUUAUUUGGCUCCAAAUCAGAAUGGCACGGUGUUUCCGACUACUGGAGGAAACGAGGCAAGGCUGAUGGCUAUUAG